AUGGGGACGGAGGUUCUGUAUCCACAGGACGUUCUCGCAGGGCGGCGCCUCGGAUCCGUCCCCUCCACCGCCUCCUUCGUAUUCCUCCGGAGGCAGGAGGUUCCCGGCGGCGGCGCUGGCCGAAACCCCAAGCUGCGGCGGAAGCGGGGGGAGGGAUCCGGCGAGGCGAAGAACAGUGACAGCGGCGGCCACCUGGUAAUGGGGCCGGUGGCGAUCCUCAAGCGCGGCGAGUCCUUGGACUCAUCGGCGGCUGGUAAGGGCCGUUUGAGGAGGUCUGAGGGAAGGCGUGGUGGCGGAGGGGCUGCCGGAGUCGUCCCGCUGCUGGAGUCGCCGGCGGCGGGCGUGAAGAAGGUAGCGAAGGGGAGGAAGGGGGAGGUGUACGCCGGUUCCGCGUUCACUCAGUCUCCGUCGCCGAGGGCGCUGCCGUUGCCGAAGUUCUCGUCCCGGAGGACGGUGGAAGGUGAAGCGGUCGUCGAUCAAUCGGCCACCAGGGACCUCCUGCGUCUCCUGCGGCUGGAGUAG